AUGAGCGUAGUUGCAAACAAUUCAAUAGAAUCAACUUCUACCCAAGUUGUGAGUAGACCUUUAUUGAAGUUGAAAUUAUUGGAUUCAUUGAGACAAGGUAAUUUUGAACAAUUGAAACUUCUUAUAGAGAGCAAACAAUUCCAACCGUUAGAUGAUCCAACUAUCUCCGGAGUUCUAAGUUUAAUGCUAAAUUAUGCUAUACAAGUGUCACCGAUGUCGUUGAUUAAAGAUAUUGUCAACCACUCAGUUAAUAAUAGUAAUAAUGAAACUGAUACUAGCAGUUCAGACACUUUUAAAAAAUUACAUUUAAAUAUUAAUCAACAAGAUUCAAAUGGUAAUACACCACUACAUUUAGCAUGCUUACAAUCCAGAGGUGAUGUAGUGUCAUUUUUUAUGGAUCAAAGCCAAAUAAAUGACUGUGUAUUAAAUAAUCAAAGAUUACAACCAAUUGAAGUUUGUAAAAAUUUAAAUAUUGCACAAAUGAUGCAAUAUAAAAGGUCAACAUAUGUCGGCGAAAUUGCACAAGAAUUUAGAACGGCUUUUAACAACAGAGAUUUUGGUCAUUUAGAAACCAUAUUAGGUAAUCCAAGAAAUGCUGAAUUGUUGGACAUAAAUGGCACGGAUCCACAAACAGGUGAUACUGUAUUACAUGAAUUUGUUAAAAAGCGGGAUAUUAUAAUGUGCCGUUGGUUACUCGAGCAUGGUGCUGAUCCCUUUAAAAGAGAUAUCACUGGAGUUUUACCAAUCGAAAUACUAGGUACAGUUGCUGAUAAUACUGCUACAACAACAACAAAAGCUGCUAUUGAUUUAGAAUUGAAAAAAUUAUUAACAGAUGCUGCAAAAGAACAAAGUGUUGUUGAUGUUAAUGCAAAUUUCUAUGAACCUCCAAGUAUGAGAGGCUAUUUAAGUAAAUGGACUAACUUCGCACAGGGUUAUAGACUGCGUUGGUUUGUAUUGAGCGGCGAUGGUAUACUUUCAUAUUAUAAAGAUCAAGCUGAUACAAAAAAUGCAUGCCGUGGUUCAUUAAAUCUGUCUAAAUGUUCUUUACAUUUAGAUUCAUCUGAGAAACUAAAAUUUGAAAUAUACAGUGGGAAAGUGGAUGAAGUGAGAUGGCAUCUGAAAGGUAAUCAUUCUGUGGAGACAAACAAAUGGGUUUGGGCUAUUCAAGGUGCUAUCAGAUAUGCCAAAGAUAGGGAAAGAAUGCUGCAAUCGAACCAUGUUAUUCCAAGUGUAAUUAGUUCACCCUCUAACGGAGCUAAUUUGAAACCUCAUGAAAUGACAUCGGAAACAAGUCAACAGUAUUUCAGUAUGAAACAUAAAAGAAAUAUCAGUAAAGUAACUACUCCGAUUGCUGGUGAAGAUAUUGUUACAUUGAGUGGUUCGAUGCCUGAAACUAAUGAUAUUGCCUUAUCUAUAUCGGAUUCCAUUGCAUUACCAAUGUCCAGAAUGUCUAGUAGCACUAAGGUUACAGAAAUUAUUACUCAUAGUGUAAGUACAGAUGCUAUGAAUGAGUUUCCAAACGAUAAAAACGUUGAUAAAAUAGAGGAGACUACUACGCCUGUAUUAGCUACUACCAAUGAUGACAUUGAGUCAUAUAAUUCCUCUGAUGACGAGGAGAAAGUUUAUGAACAAAAUGUCGAUAUCACAUACGAUGGUGAAGAUAUAAAAAAUAAUUAUGGACCUUUCGCUGAAAAACUAGAAAUUUUACAAAAUACUAUUUCUAUGGAAUUAUUAACAUUAUCUGAGUUUUUAAAAGAUAUGUGUGCCAACUCCGAUGAUUGGCAUACAUUAGAGAAAUCUUUAAAUACUUUAAUUUCAACAUCUGCUGAUUUAAAUACCUUAACUAAAAAGAGAGAUGACAAAUUACUUAAAAUAUUAAGUAAGCAAAAAAAUGUUAAUAAUAUUUGGAUUCAGUCUGUCAAAGAGUUAGAAUUAGAAUUAUUUGAGAAAACAGAGAGGUUAGAUUCAUUAGAAAAUGAAAGAAAGCAAUUCAAAAAGAUGAUUACUACAAAAAUGAACGACUCUGGAAGUCUAAUAUUACCUAACCUAGCAAAAGAAAAAACUGAUGAAACUGGGGUAGAUAUUAGCACAGAAUCCGAUCAAGAAACUUCAGUUAUACAUAACGACCUCGCUAUCAAUACUGCUCUUGAAGAAGUUUCUAAGUAUAUCAAAGCAACGACAACAGAAGAUCAAAGUUCUGAUGGUGAUGAGUUCUAUGAUGCGGAAGAUUUAGUCGAAGCCUCUGAAAACAUUCCAGAUGAUGUAGUUUUAGAAGAAGAAAAAGAGGAAUUCAAAAAACAUGAUGAACUAAAGAAUGUCGUUUCAUCAACAGAGGAGGUUACAGAAGAAAGUAGUAUUUCUACUGUAGUUGCUGUCAAAGAAAUCUCAAGUGAAAUUCAACAAUUAGAAAAGCAAAAUAGUUACAAGACAAUUGGACCAAAGACCAAAAUACAGAGAGACACUGAACUAAAAUUAUUAAAAGAAUCUUCAUUUGUCGGUUACGAGGAUGGAGUCAGAACUAAAUUAGAGUUAGAUAGUGAUAACAGACCUUCCGUUAGUCUAUGGUCCGUUAUGAAAUCGAUGGUUGGUAAAGAUUUGAGUAGAAUCGCGUUGCCUGUCACCUUUAAUGAACCUUCUUCGAUGUUACAAAGAGUAGCUGAAGAUCUUGAAUAUUCCGAACUUUUAGAUCAAGCGGCUAAAUUUGAGGAUUCGACAUUGAGAUUAUUAUAUGUUGCUGUAUUUUCAACAACACCGUAUUCCUCUACAAUCAAGAGAGUUGCCAAACCAUUCAAUCCAUUAUUAGGUGAAACGUUUGAAUAUUCUAGGCCUGAUAAGAAUUAUAGAUUUUUAUCUGAGCAAGUAUCUCAUCAUCCUGUCAUUUCAGCAUUUUGGGCUGAAUCACCAAAAUGGGACAUGUGGGGGUCAUUAGACGUUGAAUCUAACUUUAAUGGUAGAACAUUUGCAUUUAAACAAAAAGAUUUCUGGCAUUUAAAGAUUAGGCCAGAUUGUAGUGAAGUUGAAGAUAUUUAUACGUGGAAAAAACCUGAAAAUAUAUUAGUUGGUAUUCUUAUUGGCAGUCCUGAGAUUGAUAGUGUUGGUGAUGUUAAAAUCACUAACCAUGUUACUGGUGAUUAUUGUAUCUUACAUUAUAAAGCUAGAGGAUGGAGAUCCAGUGGUGCUUAUGAAGUUCGUGGUGAAGUGUAUAAUGCAUCUGGGGAAAAGAAAUGGGUACUGGGAGGCCAUUGGAAUGAAGCAUGUUUUGCUAAGAAAGUUACUUUACAAAAUCUUGAUGAUAUUACAUUAGAUAGAAAUGCUUCGAAGAACAACUCGAAUACGAACAAUAUUUUUGAACCUAAAGAUGACGGUAGCAAAUUUUUAGUUUGGAAAGUUAACAAGAGACCUGAGGGACCUUUCAACUUGACGUCGUUUGCAAUUUCAUUAAAUGCAUUGCAACCAAAUUUGAAACAUUGGCUGUCACCAACAGAUACACGUCUAAGACCUGAUCAAAGGGCUAUGGAAGAUGGGAAAUAUGAUUAUGCUGCCGAAGAGAAGCAUAGAUUAGAAGAGAAGCAAAGAGCCGUUAGGAAGCUAAGAGAAGAGAACUCGGAAGUGUAUGAACCAAGAUGGUUCAAACGAGAAUUCGAUCCAUAUACAAAUGCAAUGAACUGGAAGUUUGUAGGUGAUUACUGGUCGAAGAGAAAAGAGCAUCAAUUGACCGAUGAAUACGAUAUUUUCUAA